AUGUUGCCAUCCCUUGCAAAGAGAUCUGUUUCUAAAGUCGCGCUCUCUGGAGCGCGCAGAACGAUAUCCGUUCAGAGCAUACUACACGGAUCACCAGAAGCGAAGAAAGCAGGAGAUAUCGAGGUUCAACAGCACUCAAGGAUAGUUGCUAGGGGAAAAUAUGUUCACGGCUUCGAGGUUCAUCGAGUUCUGCCGGGGGCGAUUGACGAGUAUAAAGCCGCAGCGGAGAAGUACUAUGCUGGCAUAAAGGAUGCUCCAGAGUUACACGUCAAGCUGACCGGAAGUUGGGAAACCCUAGUGGGGCAGCAGGACACUUUUGUUCAUAUCCUUGAAUACGAGAAUUACGCUGGCUUUGACAAGACCACUCAACUCAUAAGAGCAUCAGACCACGCCAAAGCGUACAAGGCACUCCUACCUUACGUUACUUCACGGUCAUCUCAGCUCACGCAGGAGUUUGCUUUCUUCCCCACUGCACCGCCACAUGCCCAAGGCGGCAUCUUCGAGCUUCGAAGCUACCAGUUAAAACCAGGAACACUACUUGAGUGGGAGAAUGCAUGGCGGAGAGGCAUUGAAGCUCGUCGCAAGUUCGUCGCGCCCAUCGGAGCUUGGUUCUCGCAGGUUGGAAGAUUACACGAAGUGAACCACAUGUGGCAAUACCCGAGUCUCGAGGCAAGGAAAGAGCUACGUGAGAAGGCAUGGCAGAUUGACGGUUGGGCGGAGACUGUGUCCAAGACUUCUCAGCUUGCAACGCACAUGGAUUCGUUCAUUCUGCUCCCGCUCGUUUACAGCCCUUUGAAGUGAGGGCCCGUGCAGCCGAGCGGAUGAUGUUCCGCUCCGUCUACUUGGAGCAAAUAUUGCUCCUUAGCGAAUCCGAACGAAGCCCGAUCGGGCCUUAGGCUAUCUCUUGUUCUAUUUAUAUACUCCACCAUACUAAGGACUUUGGACUCGCCAUUCCAACUGUAUUACCUUCAAUACCUCUUCAUCUAGUUGUUCAUGCAGGAUUCGCUAUCCUCAAUUGCUUUGAAAUGGAUAGCGCAAUAUUAUUGCCGUGCUGUUUUUCUUUCACAGCAUGAGAACCGCCAAAUGCUUACUUAAACCUUGCUGAAAGCGGAGUAGGCGC